AUGAUUGGCUUAUAUGGAAUGGGAGGGGUGGGGAAGACCACCCUCCUUACCCAGAUCCAUAACAACUUCAACCUCACUCGUAAUGAUUUCAAUCUUGUGAUCUGGAUUGUUGUAUCCAAGGGCCACAAAAUUGAAGUUAUUCAAGAUAAGAUUGGUGAAAAGAUUGGGUUGUCUAUUGGUGAAUGGAAGCAUAAAGAGCAGCAUGAAAAAGCUAAAGACAUCUUCGGAAUCUUGAACACAAAGAAGUUUGUGUUAUUUAUGGAUGAUUUAUGGGAGCGGGUUGAAUUAACCAAAGUAGGGGUUCCAGUUCCUGACAGUCGGAACAAGUUCAAGAUAGUUUUCACAACUCGCUCUGAGGGUGUAUAUGGUCAUAUGGGUGCCCAGAAGAAGAUUAAUGUGGAGUGUUUGACUUGGGACAAAGCAUGGAACUUGUUUCAGGAGAAGGUUGGGAAAGAAACACUACUUCUUCAUCCAGAUAUCCCCAAGCAUGCUGAAGAUAUGGCGAAGGAGUGUGGCCGUUUGCCACUGGCACUCAUCACAGUGGGCAAGGUCAUGGCCUGCAAGAAAACACCAGAAGAGUGGAAGCAUGCAGGUCAAGUCCUGAAAGAACUUGCCUCCGAGUUUUCAGGAAUGGAAGAAAAGGUAUUCUCUCCUUUGAAAUUCAGUUACGAUAAUUUACCAAGUCCGAAAGUUAAAUCAUGUUUCUUAUACUGUGCUCUGUUUCUGGAAGAUUUUGUUAUACGUAAAGAUGACUUGGUAUAUUAUUGGAUGUGUGAGGAUAUAUUAGCUGAAUAUGGUAAAGUAGAGAAAGCCAAAAAUGAGAGUUACAAUAUCAUAAGAACUCUUAUUACCUCAUGUAUGUUGGAAGAAGAAGGAGAUUCAGUAAAAAUGCAUGAUGUAAUUCGUGACAUGGCAUUGUGGUCAGCUUGUGACCUUGGGAAAGAAGGCGAGAACAUCCUUGUGGAUACAGGUGCUUAUGAUGUUGCGAAAUGGAAGAACGCAAAAAGGGUUUCAUUGAUGGGUGGUGGUACCAAAUCUCUAGAUGAAACACCAAGAUCUCCCAAUCUAUUGACCUUAUUUCUCAGAGGAAGUUUAUUAGAGAGGAUUGUGGAUGGCUUCUUUGGUUUCAUGCCUACGCUACGAGUUCUGGAUUUGUCUGAAAAUUACUCUAUAACUCAACUGCCAACUGGAAUUGCAAAUCUAGUUUCAUUACAACAUCUGAAUUUGUCCUGUACAGGCAUAAAACGGUUCCCGAUGGAGUUAGCAGCAUGUGCAUGCCUAAAGUAUUUGAACUUAGAGUAUACACGUAGUCUUGAUUAUGUUCCACCAAAUAUAUUAUCAAAUUUCCCGAGGCUUAAAGUUUUGAGAAUACUAGAUUGUGGUUCUUCUAACCGAGUUUUUUUUGACAAUGAGAAAACCAUGAUAGAAGAACUGCAGGGUUUGAAACACCUUGACGUCUUGUCUUUGACAGUAGGAGGUACCUCUUGUUUCCAGAAUUUGGACAGCCACCACAUAUUAGUGACUUGCACUCUAACUUUAUGCCUCAACGGGACCCAUUCAAGCUAUCUUGAUUUAUCAGAUGUGGCGAUGGCAAAUAUGAAAUACCUAUUCAAGCUUCUGAUUAAAGAUAUGGUGGAUGUGUACUCUACGUGGAUAACACGUCUGAAAAAUCUGAAUUGCUUCCUUGGUCUUCAGUUCGUAGUAGUAGGAAAUUGCACGAAUCUCAAGAACCUGGAAUGGCUCGUUUUUGCUCCAAAUCUCAUCAACUUGGGUGUAUAUGACUGCUCUAAAAUGACAAGAAUACUCGGUUUGAACACAACGGAAACUACCCCAUUUGCAAAACUCACUGUUUUGCUUUUGAUCUCACUACCCCAGUUGUGGUGA